UUCCCUGCUGUUCUUAAGAUAUGGUGGGGUGUCUACUUGCUCAUUACCUGCUUCUCCAUUGCCUUAGAUUUUUUCUGUUAUAGAAAGCUUGGGAUCAUGGGAACCCAUAUGUGGUUAUUGGAUUUUGGGUCUCUUAUAUCUGCUCUCAUUCUUAAUUAUACUGGGUUGUUUGGAAAGAGGGUUGAAGAUGGGAGUAAUCAUCUCCGAGAAUCUCUCUUGAAUGGUGGGGUAAGUAGUUCUAAUGGUGAACCAAGCGAGAGUGAUGGUGGUAUUGGUAAUGUCUCUUUGUUCACAAAUGCUAGUUUUCUUAGCAUCCUAACCUUCUCUUGGAUGAAUCCAUUAAUUGCUUUUGGUAAUAAGAAGACUUUAGACAUUAAAGAUGUACCGCAGCUGGAUCACAGAGAUAGUGUUGAUGGAUUUCUACCUAUUUUUAAAGGCAAACUUGAAGCUUGCAAAGCAACUAGUGGUGAUGACAAUAACAGUGGCUCUGCUCAUAUAACUUCUUUCAAUUUAGCAAAGGCAUUAAUCUUAUCUUCCUGGAGACUUAUCUUACUUACAUCCAUAUAUGCGCUUCUUUAUACCGUUGCUUCCUAUGUUGGUCCCUAUCUUAUUGAUUACUUUGUUCAGUUUCUUAACGGUAACCAGACAUUUGCUAAUGAAGGUUAUGUUUUAGUUAUGUCAUUCAUAAUUGCAAAAAUAUUUGAAUGCCUUACACAGAGGCAUUGGUACUUUAGAUUACAACAAAUUGGUAUGAGAGUCAGGUCAUUUCUGGUAUCAAUUAUUUAUCAAAAGGGUCUUACCCUGUCUAGCAAUGCAAGGCAAGGUCGUACCAGUGGGGAGAUCAUCAAUAUCAUGAGUGUUGACGCUGAUAGAGUUGCAAUGUUUGCUUGGUACUUACAUGAUCUGUGGAUGGUCCCAGUUCAAGUAGCCUUGGCUCUGUUUGUCUUGUAUGCCAGGUUGGGCCUUGCUUCACUAGCUGCAUUAGCUGCUACUUUUGUUGUUAUGUUAGCAAAUUUUCCCUUGGGUAAAAUGCAAGAAAAGUACCAAGAAAAGGUGAUGGAAGCAAAAGAUGUAAGAAUGAAAUCCACUUCAGAAAUCUUAAGAAAUAUGAGGAUUCUCAAGCUUCAAGGCUGGGAGAUGAAGUUCUUGGCAAAGAUAGCUGAAUUGAGAAAAAAUGAGACAAAUUGGUUGAAGAAAUAUGUUUACACAUCUGCAAUGACUACUUUUGUGUUUUGGGGUACACCUUCUUUUGUAGCUGUGGUCACUUUUGGAGCUUGUGUGCUUAUGGGGAUACCUUUAGAGUCAGGAAAGGUUCUAUCAGCACUUGCAACAUUUAGAGUGUUGCAGGAACCAAUUUACAAUCUUCCUGAUACCAUCUCUAUGGUUGUUCAAACUAAAGUUUCAUUAGAUAGGAUAACAUCAUUUCUUCAUCUUGAGGACUUACAAAAGAAUAUUGUAGAAAGGCUUCCUAGAGAAAGCUCUGAUGUUGCAAUCGAAGUGAGCAACGGGAUGUUCUCAUGGGACCUUUCAUCUGAGUCUCCUACCCUAAAAGAUUUAAACUUUAAAAUACUGGAUGGUAUGAGAGUAGCAGUUUGUGGAACUGUUGGCUCUGGGAAGUCCAGUUUGCUUGCUUGUAUCUUAGGUGAAGUUCCUAAAAUAGCUGGAACAGUGAAAUUGUGUGGGUCGACAGCUUAUGUCGCACAAUCACCAUGGAUACAGAGUGGAAAGAUUCAAGACAAUAUACUUUUUGGUAAGGAGAUGGACUCAGAAAAGUAUAACAAUGUUCUGGAAGCGUGCUCAUUGAAGAAGGAUUUAGAGAUUCUUCCUUUUGGUGACCAAACAAUUAUUGGGGAAAGAGGCAUCAAUCUGAGUGGGGGACAGAAGCAAAGAGUUCAAAUUGCACGAGCCUUAUACCAAGAUGCUGAUAUCUUUUUGUUUGAUGAUCCAUUUAGUGCUGUUGAUGCCCAUACUGGCUCUCAUCUUUUUAAGGAAUGCUUGCUUGGGGUUUUGGCUUCUAAAACCAUAGUCUAUGUCACCCACCAAGUUGAAUUUUUGCCUACUGCUGAUCUUAUAUUGGUAAUGAAAGAUGGAAAGAUAACGGAAAUGGGUAAAUACAAUGACAUAAUCACUUCUGGAAGGAACUUGAUGGAAUUAGUAGGCGCUCAUAAAGAAGCUCUAUCAGUUCUUGACAAUAUGGAACUUGCUAAAGAUAAUUCAAGCAAUAUUAAAGAUGACAGUUCAGAUAAUAGUAAAAGUAGCAAGCAGACUCUUGAUGAAGAUAAGAAAGAUGCACUAAACUCUAAAGCUAAUGAAACAGAGAUUCAGAAAGGCCAACUUGUGCAAGAAGAAGAAAGGGAGAAAGGAAGAGUUGGGUUUUGGGUUUACUGGAAGUAUAUCACAAAAGCAUAUAAAGGUGCUUUAGUGCCACUGAUACUUUGUGCCCAGAUGCUCUUUCAAGUUCUACAGAUAGCUAGUAAUUACUGGAUGGCUUGGGCUGCUCCGCCAUCCAGAGAUGUGGAAGCUCCAGUUACUGUGCUUACUCUUAUCUAUAUCUAUAUUGCAUUAGCCAUUGGGAGUUCUAUCUGCAUUCUUAUCAGAGCUUUGCUACUUGCUACGGCUGGACUCAAAACUGCUACAAUACUGUUCAAUGAGAUGCAUUUCAGCAUUUUUCGUGCUCCAAUGUCCUUCUUUGAUUCCACUCCCAGUGGACGUAUUUUAAACAGGGCUUCAACUGAUCAGAGUGAUGUAGACACAAGCAUACCUUACCAAAUUGGCGCAUUUGCAUUCACAACCAUACAACUUAUUGGAAUUAUUGUAGUCAUGUCACAAGUUGCAUGGCAGGUUUUCAUCAUCUUUAUUCCAGUUCUUGGAUUAAGCUUCUGGUAUCAGCGAUAUUACAUCGAUACAGCACGAGAAUUAGCGAGGUUGGUGGGGCUAUUUAAAGCUCCAAUUAUACAGCAUUUUUCAGAAUCAUUAUCAGGAUCAACAACCAUUAGAAGUUUUGGUGAAGAAUCGAGAUUUAUAAACAUUAAUUCGCAGCGUUUGGACGAAUGCAAUCGACCACGGUUUCAUAAUAACUGUGCUAUGGAGUGGCUUUGCUUUCGUUUGGAUGUGUUGUCAUCCAUUGUUUUUGCAUUUUGUUUGAUAUUCUUGAUUUGCUUGCCAAGGGGGGUAAUUGAUCCCGGACUUGCUGGCCUUGCCGUGACAUAUGGCCUUAAUCUGAAUAUGCUGCAGGCAUGGGUCAUAUGGACCCUAUGUAGCCUUGAAAACAAAAUAAUUGCAGUGGAGAGGAUAUUUCAGUAUACAAACAUUUCUAGUGAGCCUCCUCUUGUUAUAGAAACUAACAGGCCUGACGAUAACUGGCCAUCAAAAGGAGAUUUGGAACUUCACGAUCUGCAGGUCCGUUAUGCGCCACACAUGCCAUUUGUUUUAAAAGGCCUUACAUGCAACUUUCCUGGAGGCUUGAAGACUGGCAUUGUUGGCAGAACUGGUAGUGGCAAAUCAACCCUAAUUGCAUUGGACUGUUGCCAACUUGGUGAUGAAGUUCGUAAGAAAGAAAAUAAAUUAGAUUCAAUAGUGACUGAAAAUGGUGAAAACUGGAGUGUGGGCCAACGCCAAUUGGUUUGCCUUGGAAGAGUAAUUCUCAAAAGAAGCAAAGUAUUGGUACUUGAUGAAGCAACGGCUUCAGUUGACACUGCAACUGAUAAUCUAAUUCAGAAAACAUUGAGGCAACAAUUUUCUGAUUCAACUGUCAUCACAGUAGCAAUCACAAUAGCACAUAGGAUAACAUCAGUCCUUGAUAGUGACAUUGUCGUUCUUCUUGAUAAUGGUUUAAUCAUUGAACAUGACUCACCGACUAGACUGCUAGAGAAUAAGUCAUCUAUGUUUGCAAAGCUUGUAGCCGAAUAUUCUGUAAGAUCAAACUCUAGUUUUGAUGAGUUGGAUAAUUCCUGAAUGAUAUGCUGAACAUGCAAGGAAUUUAUUGGGCACAUGGAUGAUGAUGACAACUAUCAUAUUAGUUUGUGGACAAAUUGAUGAUUUUUUAUCAUGAUUCAAAGUCCAUGAAUCGAAAUGUUAUUGCUGAAUCACUAAAUUUUGUUUUGUUGUCUUUAGGAGAAAAAAUCUCUAAAUUUUUUUAAUUUCAGCUAGUCGUGAGGCUUUUUGUUAUGUACGUUGAAGUUGUACCAAUAUUUUGUAGA